AUGUUCUUGUUAGAUAAGCUACAACACUUCCCUCAGAAGUAUACUGAUAUCUAUGUAGCUUGUGAUUUGCAAAUAAAUCAUUUUAUUUUAUUUUUCUUCUUAAAGUUAUGUGACAUCCAGUGGAAAUUCAAGGGACUCUUGAAAAGCCAUUAUACUUUUUUAUUUUAUUAUUCUUUUUUUCUUUCUUUUUUUCUUUCUUUUCUUCCUUUUCUUCCUUUUUCUUUCUUUUCUUCCUUUUUUUUUCUUUUUUCCUCUUUCUUUUUUCCCUCUUUCCUUUUUUUCCUCUUUCUCCUCCUUCUCUUUUUUCCCUCUUUCUCUUGUUUGUUGGCUACUCUAUAUUGGAUCAAUGAGUAUACAUCUUCCUUGGGUUUAGGAGUGUUUCACUCAGGAGUGGAAAUCUAUGGAUCUGAAUAUGCCUACGGAGGCCAUCCGUUUCCUGUAUCAGGAAUAUUUGAUAUGGCGCCAAAAGAAGCAAAAGAACUUGGUGAACAAUUCAAAUUUAAAGAAAGUAUUGUGAUUGGAAUUACAGACUUCAAUCGAAUGGAUAUACGAAAAAUAGUUGAUGAACUUGGAAAGGAAUUUCGUGGAGAUCAUUACCAUCUACUUACCAAAAACUGCAAUCACUUCUCAUCGAUCCUCACUCAGACACUUUGUGGCAAACCUGUUCCCAGCUGGGUGAACAGAUUGGCGUAUAUGAGUUCAUGCAUACCAUUUCUAGAGAGAGCAAUACCAAAAGAAUGGCUGACCCCAGUGGCACUGCAGAAUGCUCUGCAGGACCCUAGCCGCGAGGACCUUGAGGAGGAAGACUCUGAGAGUGCUGCUGCUGCCUCUGCUGACAUGGUUGUGGCAAACCUGCCCUCUAACAGACAACCACCAAGAUGGCAAUGA